UCUUGUUUCCAGAACUGACAGGGUAUAGAAUGGAAUGCUCUACAAGGCUCAUUUAUUCCCGGUUAAAGGCUACAAACUUGUUUCAAAGUAUUGAAUAGCUGGGUGUCGAUGUUCAAGUUCAUCAUAAAGAGAAACGGAGUAGCAAAUUUACUGCAGAAACGGAGCUAAUAUCAAAUGCUAUGAAUUUCUUACGGAGACGUUUUAGUUCGGGCGAUCUCCAAGGCGAGCUGAAGGAUCGAGAGGACAAUGCUACUAUUCUAAACUUCAAAAAAGGACCUUCGCCCAGCGCACCAAGUUCUCCCUCUCGAUCUACAAGUGCAGGAAUCUCUCACCCAAGUGUCAAUAAACCACAUUAUAAUAAAGAUCGAUGCAAGAUUCUUUUGGUUGUGGAUGAUCCACACACAGACUGGUCUAAAUAUUUUGUCGGAAAGAAAAUUUUUGGCGAUUGGGAUGUAAGAGUAGAGCAGGCGGAAUUUAGUGAAAUCAAUUUAGCAUCCUACACAGAUACUGGAACCAUGGUAGAUAUCAAAGUCACAAGGAAUGGAACAAAGGUCGUCAGGUCAUUCAAACCAGACUUCCUGCUCAUCAGACAGAGUGUAAGAGAUGCAUGUGAGGACUGGAAGAACAUUCUCUUAGGAUUUCAGUACGGCGGAAUUCCGAGUAUUAACUCUUUACAUUCUAUUUAUAACUUCCAGGACAGACCAUGGGUGUUUGCUCAGUUGAUUCGAAUACAGAAGAAGCUUGGGAAAGAGAAUUUUCCUUUGGUUGAACAGGCCUACUACCCAAACCACCGUGAAAUGCUUAUCACACCUAAAUUUCCAGCUGUCGUUAAAAUAGGACAUGCCCACUCUGGUGUUGGAAAGGUCAGAGUAGCAAACCACUAUGAUUUCCAAGACAUCGCAGGCGUGGUUGGUGUCAGUCAUUGUUACUCCACAACAGAGCUGUAUGUGGAUACACUCUAUGACAUUCAUAUUCAGAAGAUUGGCAACAAUUACAAGGCUUAUAUGAGAAAAUCCAUAUCUGGAAAUUGGAAAGCGAACACAGGUUCUGCCAUGCUUGAACAAAUAGCAAUGAAUGAAAGAUUUAGAUCGUGGGUUGACGAGUGUAGUUUAAUGUUUGGAGGACUGGACAUGUUAGCGCUAGAGGCAGUACAAGGAAAGGAUGGAAAAGAAUACAUCAUUGGCCUUAAUGACUCGGCGAUGACUUUACUUGGAGAAAGUCAGGAAGAAGAUCGAAAACAUAUAGUAGAUUUAGUUCUGGCAAAAAUGCAACACUGUUUAAAACCUACUCCGUCUCUGAGGGCUGUCAGUCGAGCUAUUAGUACAAGCGGUAUUAUGCACAAUUACAUGAACGGAAAUAGGGAGACACCAUCCUCUACCCAAAACUCGCCUCCACCACGACCCUCACCACCGCAGUCUUCCCAGACUCAGCACCAACAUCAGCAACAUCAGCAACAGCACCAACAGCAAAGGCAUAAUGGACCUACGCCACAGAAUCACCCAGCCCAGUUUUCUAUUGGUGGAGCCUCGGCCAGGGGAAUUUCCACCGAUGAAGAAGACACCAUGAAAAACCUAAGAAAAACGUUUGCAGGAAUAUUUGGAGACAUGUAGUUCAAAACUAGCAGUAGUCGUUUUAAAAUAAGCAAAACCUGUAACAUCCACAUUGAAUAGCAAUGUUUUUACGAGUAUACAAAUGCGCAGUAAAGAGCAGUGCCACAGUAGCGUGAUGUUUUGUAGUACUGUUGAUGUGGGUGUCUGACACCUCUAACGCUCUCAAUCAGUGACUUAUUUACAGGAAUUUCUUGACUUUAUACGCCUUUUACUGUGAAAAAUAGUCCCUUUUAAGUUUUAAUGCGAUAUUUAGUCAUUUUAGUCUUAAAAAACUUUGUCUUUACCGUUAGACCAGCUUAAAAACAGAGUUCUUAAAACUUGCCGGCAAGAAGACAAAAAACAAUUUCUUACAGUAUGUUAUUUCUGCAAACAAUAUCUGUUGUGGAAGAGUCGUAUUUUCCUUCCUAGCAUAAUGAGAAUAAUACCACAGUCUAAAGUAGUGUAGAAUUUUAGCUGAAAGACUUUUCUAGCAUGAAUGACUUUUUCCCCUUCAUUUUGUUGAGUUGUAGACUGAGUGUUUUUCAACUUUUUAAAUUUCUUACAGAAAGGAAAAAUCAUUUUAAUUUUAGGCAACUAUUUUUAUUUCGAGAAAUUGAAAAAGAAAAAUUUCGGAAAUACAAUACUGAUUUUUAGUGAAAUAAGUCUCCGUUUUGUAGCCUGACUGAUUGACAUCCCCCGCGAUGACAUAAAAUACUAUUGACUGGUGGAAAAUCUUCAUGUUCGUGAAUGGAAUUGUACAGCAAAUCGUAUCUUUUUCAAAUAUUGUAUAAUGACAUUAUAAAACCUGAAUAGAGAUAACAUUUAAGUGUUCAUUAUUAUCAGUGAUGAAAACUAAUGCUAUCACAUUUAGUAACCGGUCACUCGGAGUCGCUUACUUUUCUGAUCGAGUACUUGGUUACUCGGUUGGUUUCCGUUACAUCUUUUGACAUCUGCAGUAAUUUUUUUAUUGUAACUGUGAUAUACGUGCAUGUAAUGUUUUCACACUUUCUAUAUGUAUACCGGUAUGAAUACACAGUAACAUCGUCGCAAACCACGGCCAAAAUGUAGGAUCUUCUCCGAGGGAGGGGGGAGUGGACUCCGGACCGGAAACGAUGACACUAUAUAUAAACUUUAUUUCCAAAAAAAAAUCUUUCUUCUACAUAAAUUUGCUCUCAAUUAAUACUCAAACAAGGGCAGUUUUUUGUUCAAAAGAUAUCCCGUAUUUUACACUUUAAGGCUUUAAGAUUUUUUUUUUUUAAAUAUUUCUAUGCUUUUGAUAUGUAGGUCUUUUGCUUAAUUAUGAACUGUAUAUAAGACUUGUUUAAAAGUAAGAUAUUUACUCUAUAAAAUGUCUUAUCAGUAACCGAUCAGCAGUUUUACUAACCGAUAUCCGCAUAGUCCGCCGGUUGACCGGGUACUCGGUUACAACACUAAUAAAAACCUUUUACAUAUACAUUCUGCUUAUAUAUGCUCAAAGCAGCCAGUUGCUUAAGUUGAUUAAAAAUCUUAAUAUUUUAGUUCUUUCAUUUCAUUGUUACUCAUUUCAAAUGCACAUAACUUUGUAUAUGUAAUUAUAAUUUGUGGGACCAACUUCAAAAUAAUGUUUGUUUGCCUUCUCCCGACUAUCGUGGAAAAAUUUGGGUCAGUAGGUAGGCGCAAAUAUUUUUUCACAGAAAAUGUUCAACAUCAAUGCUGAAUUUUCAAAAUCUAUUUUCCGGAAUGCAUAAAAAUUGUUUUCUGGAGGUUAAAAAUGAUUUGAGUCAGUCCAUUUUUAACCGAUCGGUUGGGAGAGGACAACCAAACAUUUUUUUUCUCCAAAAGAUGGCCUGGUUGUAACGCCUUUUCUAAGUACCAAAUUCUCUAAAAUAUCUUACGUUGUUUGAACUAUUGCUUGUAGUUCUGUCCGCCGUCUUCAUUUCUCACACAUUAAUAAACUUUCAAACUGGCGAUAAAUAAACUCACAUUUAGACCACUUGGGCCAACUCCAACCAAACUUGUCAGAUAUGAAUGACAUUGAUAUAACUUUUUUCGAUAUGUAGUGAAAACUCGAACCCUGGUCCCAGGUGUCGUGAUGGGAUGAUAGAAGGGGUCAAAAGUCUUCUAUGGAACUAUGUAUGAAAAAUCAAAUAAAAAUCUUUACAAGUACUACAAGGAUAUAUACUAGCAUACAAAAUCAUUCAGUUUUAACAAUGACCUUGGAUAGGGAAGAACCGAUGAGAGUGUCCUUAACUUUCCACUGAAAAUAUUCAUUGGCUUGUUAGGGACUGAAACGCCACAUUUUGUCAAAUACUCAUGCAAUUGUAGAAUUAAGAUUGUCCAAACAGGACUCAGGAAGAGGAACAUAACAUUGUAAAGGAAAGAAAUAUUUAAAAGUCUUUUCCCCCAAGAUUUACUGGGUUACAUAUUGCUAGGUGCAUAUGUUUACAUGGAGCAAUGCACAGGUUUACAUGGAACUUGAAGAAAAUAUUUAUAAACUUUUCUGAAAACUUGCAAGCUGUCGACAUAUUAGCAUUCUCCUGUAAAUUUAUUCAAAUUUAUGUUUCUCCAAGGAAGGAAAUGGGGCUACGGGAAGUAAUCGGGCUAAAAAUGAAAAAUGGUUCAAAAUUUCAAUAUACUCAGUAGGUCUUUCCGACAACUAUGAGCAAUCCAGUAGUAAAUUUCAUUCGAAUACACCCAUAUCAUUUAAGGUGUUUAAAACAAAACAAAACAAAAAAAUCUGACUCCGAAAUUUUUGACAAGUAAAAAAAGUCAAAAAGUAAAAAAAUGCAUGACUUUCCAUAUUAUUUUACAUGGGGUCCGUGUAUGAUAAGUCCUUUGUACUGAAGAUUCAUAUAUGACAUAUUAUUUCCUUUUGUAUAGGUAAUGGCUCUUAAGUUUACAAAAUAGAUAAGAUUUGGCCCAUUAGAACUUGUGUUGUUCCACUCAGGUGACCGUUAAGGCCAAUGAGCCUUUUGUCUCUUGAGGAGGAAAAUAGAGGGUGAUUCUGUUUAAUCUGCGGUUAGUUAUCGCUGUUCAUUACUUAAAAUUUUUCUGUGAAAUAUUUAAACAAAAUUGUAAUUUUCUGCUGAGUUUAUGCAUCACCCACUGUAUGUGUUCAAAUAAUGCUAGGUAUAUAUAGACAGUAGGGUAGUGUGGAAUUCUUGUGUUCUAGAGGAGUAGCUGUAAGCAAUACAAUUGUGUAAACUUAAA